UUCCUUUGUUUCCGUGUUUAAUUUCUAGGGAAGUUCAGCCCUCCAGACCCCAACAUCAUGAAUUCGGUGUCAACAAAGUUGAUCUUAGUGCUCACUUCACUGCUGUUGAUUCUGCCUGUUGUUGAAGCUGUAGAAGCUGGAGAUGCGAUUGCACUCUUACUGGGAGUGGUUCUCAGCAUUACAGGCAUUUGUGCUUGCUUGGGGAUAUACGCCAGAAAGCGAAAUGGACAGAUGUGACUCUGGAGGACUCUUCUGAAUUAGACUUCACCCUGGCCAGACUGAAAACCAUUGUGCUAUUGAGGCCAAACCCAAGGUUUGAUCUCUCCUGUUCCCAGCAAGAGGGUUACAGUUAAGAGGAUGAUUUCACAUUUACUUGGUUGUUUUUCCUAAGAUGGGAGUAGAUGGGGUGGGGUGGGAGUGGGGACUCUUUACAACAAAGAGUGCACUAAGAAAAUGGCCUAUGGUUUGUAUUUGCUGCUUAGGAAGGGGGUCAAGGAGGGCUUAAAUUUGCAUAAGCAUUAUUUCAUGCUUUCUAGAUUGUUAAAGCACAUGACAUUGGAGGAAAGAAGUAUUUGCUCAGAAUCUAGUAAAUCAACAUUGUUGCUGUAUUAAUCACUGCCUCUUGAAUUCUGGGGGAAUCUUUUUCUCUGUAUUUUUUGUUGUUGUUCUAUCUCCCUAGUUGAUAUUGUACUUAGAUAUUAAAUAGCCAAAAAUUGAAACUUUUAUGUCUGAGAAAAAGAUUAACUAAAAUGUACUCAACAUGUCUAAUUCUAAAAUGGAGAAAAGAUUUGUUAAAAAAAUAACUUUAUAUUAAUUGAGUAACAUCUCCUUUGUGAGGAGUACUGUAUCAAAUACAUAUCCAUUAUGCCAUAAGUGAAUCUGGUUAUUUUGGUCUGUUUGUAUCUAUGUGUGGACUAGUUAUUUUUAAAUGAAUAGAGAGAGCCUGGUUACCUUACCUUAACAGAUCACAGUGGAUGAGAAAUGAGCGUCUUUGGGAUAGGAGAGGCCUUUGGUAGAAAAUCCACAAGUACAGAAAGAAAUGUAUUGGCCGCAUUGAUUUGUACACCAGCUAAAUAAAUGGGCACACCUUCUUUGCCACAGUAAAUAAAGAGUCCCCAAACCAACAGA